GCGGAGGGUGAGUGGGGCUGGGCUCCCGCUUCGCCCCCGCUUUGCCCGGCGCUCCCCUCCUGCCCCGCCGCGGUGGCUCGGCUCCCGGCUCCGGCCACCCUUGCCCUGGCCGAGGCCUGCCGGACGGCGCCCGGACCGGUUUCGGGGCGUUGGGUGACCGCCGCGGUGAGGGGAGCCCUCAGCGUCUGCAGCCGGCCAUGCCUCCCGCCAAAGCCGCCGGUAAGGAGGCCUUGGUGCUGCAGUGCGAGUGGGAGCUGUGCACCUACGUGGCCUCGAAGAUGGAGGAGUUCUGCGAGCAUGUGGCUCAGCACCUGCAGCAGCACCUUCCCGGCGAACAGCGGGACGAGAUGGACCCUCUCGAGGAAUACACGUGUUUGUGGCAGGAGUGCGGUUUCUGUUCCCCAGAGAGCUCAGCUGACCUCGUUCGCCACGUCUAUUUCCAUUGCUACCACACCAAGCUGAAGCAGUGGGGGCUGCGGGCCCUGCAGAGCCAGUCAGAUGUGAGCCAUUGCCAGCUGGACUUCCAGAGCCGCAAUAUCAUCCCUGAGAUCCAGGAGAACUUCCUGUGUCUGUGGGAGUACUGUGAGAGAUCAUUUGAUAAUCCCGAGUGGUUCUAUCGGCAUGUGGAGGAUCACAGCUUCUGUUCGGAGUACAAGGCUGCAGGGAAGGAGAACCAUGUGGUCCUCUGUGGCUGGAAAGACUGUGAUUGCACGUUCAAGGGGCGCUGCAAACUGCGGGAGCACUUGCGUAGCCACACGCAGGAGAAGGUGGUGGCCUGUCCUACCUGUGGGGGCAUGUUCGCCAACAACACCAAGUUCUUUGACCACAUCCGCCGUCAGACUGCACUGGACCGUAAGCUCCUGUGGGCACGGGAGGAGGAGGUUGUGAACAGUCCUCUGGCCGUUUGGUUUGCUAGAGCUGCCUGUUCUCUGCAAGCGAAGGGCACGGAGCAGAGGUUUCAGUGUUCUCACUGCUCCAAGAGGUUUGCUACAGAGAGGCUGCUCCGUGACCAUAUGAGGAACCAUGUGAACCAUUACAAGUGCCCUCUGUGUGACAUGACCUGCCCGCUGCCCUCCUCCCUGCGCAAUCACAUUCGCUUUCGGCACAGCGAGGAGCGACCUUUCAAAUGUGACUACUGUGACUACAGCUGCAAGAAUCUCAUUGACUUGAGGAAACAUCUGGACACGCAUAGCAAAGAGCCAGCCUAUCGCUGCGAGUUUGAGGCUUGCAGCUUCACUGCACGUUCCCUCUGCUCCAUCAAACUGCACUACCGGAAAGUCCAUGAGGGUGACUCAGAGCCCCGGUACAAGUGCCAUGUCUGUGACAAGUGCUUCACACGUGGAAACAACCUCACUGUCCACCUCAGGAAGAAACACCAGUUCAAGUGGCCCUCAGGGCAUCCUCGCUUCAGGUACAAGGAACACGAGGAUGGCUACAUGAGGCUGCAGCUGGUGCGUUACGAGAGUGUGGAGCUGACAGAGCAGCUGCUGAAGGACAGAGAGAAGCAAGGGGAGGCACUGGAUGCCUCAGCUGAGUGUGUGAUGCUGUCUGAAGGUGAGGGCAACCUGCAGGGCAUCGUUCUGGACGCCCCGGCAGAGGCACCCCCGGUAGAGAGCAGUGUUGCUGAGCUGCAAGUGGCCCCCCUGCGCCCAGCAGCUUGCUCUGCUGACAACCCUGAGCCAGCGCGGCCAAGUGCCUUCCCGGGAGCAGCACCGUCACUGGAGCAAGAACCCAGCACCCCAGCCAACCCUAUCAUCCGUGUGGUGAACCGGACCAACGAGCACGGGGAGAGCGAGACUGUGUAUUAUGUCAUGGCCAGCACAUCCUCAGAGGAGCAGGUGGCAGCACCUGGUGGGCUGGGUAUGGAGCUGGAGGAGAACGUUAUGGACCGUCUGCAGAAAACGGCUGAGGAGCUGGGCAUCCAGAUCGUGUGAGGCGCUCACCUGCAUGUGGAAAACUUGGGGUUCCAUGGGUUGUGCUGGUGGGGAAGGUUGGGAAGUGCUUGGGGGUUAGGACUGAGCUUGUCUUCACCUACUUGGAGCUGGCUGACUCUCCCCUCUGCUGCCCCAGCCUCACUGGGUGCAGGUUCUGGUCAGCAUCGGGAGAGGGGAAGGACAGAUCUGUCUCAGUUGUGGGUCAAGUGAUCUGAUCUGGAAAGAGCUGUCUGUCUCCUGCUUUUGGGGAUUAGGGACUAGCAAGCCUCUCUUACCAUUCCAGGAGGUUUGGCCUUAGCCUGACACAGGCCUUUCCCUCUUGGUUACUCAUUGGUGACAUGGUCCCUGCUGCAGUGCAGCUCAGUUGUCAGCCCUUGCUGAGCCUGGUCCUCAGCUAGGAUCUCCCCAGGCAGGAUGGUGUGCCGAGCAGAUGCUGCAGCUGAAGCUUCUUCCCUGGGGAGAUGUGUGGCCCUUAGCAGGCCUGUUCUCCCCCGUCCAUACUUUGGUCUCCAAGGGGUGGUAUGCUCCACUUCUGCCUUCAUCAGCACUUCCCUGUGCAUCGUCCUUCCUGGGCUGUUCAGCUGGUGCUGUUGGUGGUGUUUGCACCACUGAUCCCGUCAGGCUGCACUCAUCUCUGGGAGGAGGGGACUGGAGGUGCUGUCCCUUGCAGGCUACCGCUGCCCUGCAGCACUGGGGGAUUGGGAGCUUCUUACUGCUUUUGUCCUUCCCUGGGUUUCCUCCCCACAUUGGGGUUUGGGCUCCUGGUUGGGCAAAGUGUACUUUGGC